AUGUCGGGCACUCAUACAAUUUACAACAAUGGCGAGCCCAGCUCGACCACUACUGUCGUCAACAUAGUCGAGCCAACAUCAUCCAUCAACGCCUCUAGCACCGUGCUGGUCCUGGUCCCUCCUCACGUCCACAGCACGACCACGGUCCUCAGCACGGUUUCUACUGUCUCCUUGAAAAUAUCUCCGACUGUCUCGUCCACCCGUCUUUCAUCAUCAACCAUCUAUUCUACUCGUCUCUCAUCGUCCAUCUCUUCGACUCGUCGUACAUCCACUAUCUCAUCCACUCGCCGUACCUCGUCGACUGUCUCGUCUACUCGCCGUACAUCGGUCAGCUCUCCGACUACAACCACGACCGUGACCGUGAAGCAUUGCAAGUCCAAAUCCAAAUCCAUAUCGAAAUCCAAAUCCACACCCACACCUACUCCGACCACCUACUCGACUAGUUUCAGAACGAUCCUUUCCACUAGGACCAGAAAGGUCUCUUUCACCAAAUCUGGAAAGGACUUUUCUACCAGUUUUAGAACGGUCCAUCUUUCCGAAACGACUAUAGUCACGACCGUUACCACCAAGCGUUGCAAGUCCAUGCCCACUUCGCACUCUUCUGUCAAGAAAUCCAUCACCACCGGUCAAAGAGGUCUGGGUAUGAUCCCAGAGGCUCCUUCGGCAGUACUCUGA